ACCGCCAACUUCAUACUCCUCACUCCCACAUGAUCCGCGAUCUGAUGAUUAGUGCACAGUGAUUGAUAUUUACCACUGGUUUCCACUUUUGUAAUAUGUGCUGGCGAAAUUAUAGCGCUCCUCCUCCUGACCUACAAUGACGUCGUCACUAUUGUCCCGUGCCCUCUUGACGAAGCUGCUCUCUCCAAUUUUGGCUAGCAGCAGCAGUGGCGGAAUCCUUGUGCAUUGUGAACUAGUAAACGGUGCUUCUUCUUAUUCGACUGCCGCAAUUUUUAGACAAUGUCGACACUUUCGACAUAAUAAUAAUGACAGUUGUAGAGCCCUGUGCACGAGUGGGGUUGGAUGUGCAGCUGCCACCACGAAGGCAAAGAAACCUGUCCUACCAUCGCCCGACAAUAAAAAAUCGAAACCCGUCGUCAAUAUUUGGAAGAAUAUGACAGUGUCCGAGUUGGCGACAAGCGUGGGGAGGUCUUUGGAUCAUGUUUUUGAAGCCAUGAUUUACGUUAAAAAUGCGGACGCUUAUGACACCCCCAAAUCUCAGAUAGAUGAUAUUCAAGUAAUUCGAGACAUUGCAAGGACCUUGGGCGUAAGAACUAAAAUUGAUUCGCCUGCCAGUGGUAAGGAUAAGACGGCAAGCCAUCACGAUGAGCUGGAGAAGGGAGCUGUGCUGAAUCCUAGACCCGUCAUGGCUAAAGACUUGGCCCCCAGACCCCCUGUUGUUGCCAUCAUGGGUCAUGUUGACCAUGGCAAGACAACACUGCUGGAUGCCUUACGAAACACUGCCGUGGCCGCGUCAGAAGCGGGUGGGAUUACGCAGCACAUUGGCGCAUUCGUGGUGGAGGUGGCUGGAGGGAAAGUGACAUUUUUAGACACGCCAGGUCACGCUGCUUUCUCGGCACUACGACAAAGAGGUGCAAAUGGGGCAGACCUCGUAAUUUUGGUGGUCGCAGCCGAUGACGGGGUCAUGGAGCAGACGAAAGAGUCAAUAAGGAUGAUUAAGGCAGCCAAUGUUCCAAUGAUUGUUGCCAUCAACAAGAUUGACAAAGGAGCAGCGGACGUGGAAAGAUCGAAACGUAUGCUGCUGCUAGAGGGGAUUCAAUUAGAAGACUUUGGUGGGGAUGUUCAGUGUGUUCCAAUUUCUGCGGCCAAGGGGACGAAUCUUCCCACCCUCGUGGAAGCGAUUCUAGUCCAAGCAGAACUUCAAAAUCUUCAGAGUGAAAGCAAGGGGUUUGUGGAAGGUGUCGUCUUAGAAGCGAGAGUGGAUCCUGGUAGAGGAAAGCUAUGCACGGCACUUGUUCAACGAGGUGCCUUAAGGAAGAGUGCCAUUCUAGUCGCGGGGACUGCUUGGGCCAAGGUGCGAGGAAUGUUUGACGAGCAUGGGCAUCCCCUGCAGAAAGCUGGACCUUCCACCCCGGUGGAAGUAAUUGGUUGGAGAGACCUUCCUUCUGCUGGAGACACGAUCUACGAGGUUGAGUCCGAGCAAAUUGCGAAAUCUGUGGUGGAAUGUCGGAUUGCUAAAGAUAUGGAGGAUAAGGCCAAAAGUGACGCUGUUGUCAUUGAACAGAAACAUCAAGAUCAUUUGAAGGAUUACAAAGCUAUCCUUGCCGAGAAGAGGAGAUUAGGUCGCUUCCGUCUAAAACCUACUGGCCCCAGACAGAAACAGUUCCAAGAAGACACAACCAUUCGACUCCCAAUCAUCGUUAAGGCCGAUGUCGACGGUUCCAUUGAAGCUCUUUUAGACGUUCUUGAAACGUACGACUGCCACGAUCAAUGUCGUCUCGAUCUCGUCCAUUAUGGCGUCGGUGACCUCACGGAAACGGAUAUCAAACUAGCCGAAACAUUUCAAGCUCACAUUUACGGGUUCAAUGUUAAGAUUUCAGAACAACUGAAGAACGAGUGUAAAAAGUUGGGGAUCGAAUUCAGACUGAGCAAUGUAAUUUAUCGCAUCAUCGAGUCCAUGAAGGGAGAUAUUGGCUCAAGGUUGCCAACUAAGCCGGUGGAAGAGAUUUUGGGAGAAGCAACCGUCCUCGCCCUAUUCAAGGUAAGCGAAGGAAAGAAGAAGGCGGUGAUGGUGGCAGGUUCGAGGUGCACAAAAGGUGUUCUCAAGAGAAACGCCCUGUACCGCGUUCAACGCGGAGAAGAUGUCAUCUUUGACGGUAAAAUCCACUCAAUGCGCCAUUUGAAGGAAGAGGUGGAGUCUAUAAAGAACGGGGUCGAGUGCGGCUUAGCUUUUGUGCCUCGUCAAGAGUCCAAAAUGGAAGAAGGCUCAGCCGUUGCGGAAGACUUUUCUCCUAAGGAAGGUGAUCACAUUAUCUGCUACACACACAAUCAGGUUGCACAAAGUUGUGGGUGGGACCCAGGCUUUUAGAAUAAUACAAUAAUUACUUAAUAUAUGUAGCGCAAUAGUUGUGCUACAUGCUUAUUACACUAGACUAGACUACGACAACUAGGCGACGGGCGACAUAUACAUAUGAACUAUUUUGUAUAAUAAAAUAAAUGAAUAUCCGCCUGUCUGAUCGACUGGUUUGUUGAAA